CUAACUGGUCUGGGAAGGAGGAGAUAGAGAGAGCGGAGCCACAAGCCCACACGCAAUAUGAUCACACACGCGCCAAUGGAAUAAGCAACAAAACAGUUGGAAAUCGAAAUCAAUCUUCACCGUCCACGAGGAAUUCGAUAUUUUCGUUUUACGCACGAAAGAUGACGUUUGAACCUCUUUCCUUUUACGUGACGCAAAGUUUAGACACGUCCGGGUAGACAGACAACUUUAGUCUAGCUAUAUAUUUUAGGAUUUCAUUACGCGUUUAAGUUUAUCCAUUUCGACUUCAUAACCAGACAUUGCAUUUAGAUGUAUUGAUUAUCCUAAACCAACUGUCAGCAUAUAACUGAGGAUGAUCAUGAUUUCCCACGAGUUAUUCGUCUCCUUCCUCGCGGUUACCUGUCUGUUUAGGAUACCCAGAGCGUCUUCGGCGGCAUGUGAGCCCAUUCGGAUCCCUCUGUGCAAGUCCAUGCCCUGGAACAUGACGAAAAUGCCCAACCACCUCCACCACAGCACCCAGGCGAACGCAGUCCUGGCCAUUGAGCAGUUUGAAGGGCUUCUUGGCACCCAGUGUAGUACAGAUUUACUGUUCUUUCUGUGCGCCAUGUACGCCCCAAUAUGCACGAUUGACUUCCAACACGACCCUAUCAAGCCCUGCAAGUCGGUGUGUGAGCGUGCGAAAUGCGGCUGUGAACCGGUGAUGAAACGGUAUAAUCACACCUGGCCAGAGAGCUUGGCCUGCGAGGAUCUGCCAGUCUACGACCGGGGGGUCUGUAUCUCACCUGAGGCCAUUGUAAAAGCAGACGGACCAGGUAGGAUAUGGGUGAUUAUGAUGAUUGAAGAUUCCAUAGUGUAGUUCUGAAAUAGGUAUUGUGAAUAAAUACAGGCUACCUCACAUAAUAAAGACAAAGAUAAAAGGAAAAAAA